AUGGGAAAAUCAAGACUUGCACCAAUCAAGCCAGUUACUAUUCCCCGUAUGGAAUUGUCGGCAGCAGUCGUAGCAACCAAGCUGGACCUGAUAACGCGCCAAGAACUUAGUUUUCCCAUCGAUGAAUCGUUCUUCUGGACGGAUAGUACCUGCGUAUUGCGGUAUAUCGAAAACCAAGACAAAAGAUUUCAAACCUUUGUGGCAAACCGGGUCGCAGCUAUUCACAAUGCAUCAUCUCCCGCUCAAUGGAGUUAUAUUAAUACCGAGCUGAACCCAGCCGACGAUGCUUCAAGAGGAGUGCCAGUCGAGUCUCUCCAUCGUUGGAUUGAAGGACCAGAGUUUCUGAGGAAGUCGAACGAAUUUUGGCCGAAACGACCAGCCGAAAUGGCCAUGCCCGUCGACGACGCCGAUCCCGAGAUCAAAGGGCGUAUCGUGUGCGCGAGCUAUUGUUCUGACGCGAGUAAUCCGGUAGCGAGAAUAAUCGACCGCUAUUCAUCAUGGGAUCGCCUGAGGAGGAUCAUGGCGUGGUUGUUAAGGUACAAAGCGAAGUUUCUACGUGUAAGCAAGAGACGAAAGACUGGAGAAUCUUUCGCGAUCGAGUUCAGUAAUAAAAUCGUUCCUAUUGAUGUCCAAGAGAUCAAAAACGCAGAAGACGUAAUCCUGAAACAUAUACAGGGCGAAUCCUUCAAAGAGGAACACGAACUAUUAGAAAAAGAGCAGCAGCAGCAAAGUCACCCGGGACGUGCGAAAGCAGUAAAACGGUCAACGAUCAUUUUCAACGUCGAUCCGGUCCUCAGCAAAGGUCUUCUCCGCGUUGGCGGCCGCCUGAGGCGAGCACCGAUCAAUCAUGAUGCAAAACAUCCCGUCAUUCUGCCCAAGCACCACCACGUCAUUGCACUUAUAGUGAAGCACCACCAUCACCUGUCUGGGCACUCUGGUUUAGAGUACACCUUGUCGCUGAUACGACAAAGAUACUGGAUCAUCAACGGGAGGCGAACCGUAAAAACGAUCCUUAAUCAAUGCGUCAGUUGUAAGAAACGACAAGCACCAACCUCUCGACAGAAAAUGGCUGAUCUUCCCGAAGAUCGGACGACGCCAUCGAAGCCGCCGUUUACAUGUACUGGAAUCGACUGCUUUGGGCCGUUUGAAGUGAGAUGUGGCCGUACUACAGUGAAACGCUACGGGGUGCUCUUCACGUGCUUGAGUAUCCGUGCGAUCCAUAUCGAAGUUGCGAGUUCCCUGGAAACAGGGUCAUUUAUAAACGCCCUGCGUCGGUUUAUCGCAAGACGAGGUCAGCCUGAGGUUAUUCGUUCCGAUAACGGCGGAAACUUUGUCAAAGGGGAAAAGGAGCUACGUGAAGCUGUGAAGGAAUGGAAUCAGUCACAAAUCCACGACUUCCUCCUGCAGAGAAAUAUCAAGUGGUUAUUCAAUCCGCCGACAGGUUCCCAUCAUGGUGGCGUAUGGGAGCGGUGCAUUCGAACUACGCGAAAGGUGAUCCAGGGGAUCAUCAAAGAACAGGUCUUAGACGACGAAGGCAUUAACACCUUAAUGUGCGAAGUCGAGGCAAUCGUGAAUGGACGACCUAUCACCAAGCUCUCCGACGACCCACAAGAUAUGGAGCCCCUGACCCCGAACCACCUGUUGCUUCUGAGAGGUGGACCCACCCUUCCACCCGCGACUCUCUCCAACCAAGACAUCUAUGGUCGGCGAUGGCGCCAAAUCCAAUAUCUAGCGGACGUGUUCUGGCGUCGUUGGACGAAGGAAUAUCUCCCAUCUUUGCAAAAACGACAGAAAUGGAAUAAAGAGGAAAGAAACUUUAAGAAGAACGACAUCGUGCUGGUUCUGGACGACAAAACCCCUCGAAAUUCCUGGCCCAUGGGAAGAGUUUUGGAAGUUUACCCUAACCGAAACGAUGGGCUCGUACGCUCUGUAAGGUUGAAGACCAAGACAUCCGAGCUGACAAGACCAGUCACAAAGAUUGUACUCCUGGAGGAAGCGGACAUCGCCAAAAACGAUAAGUAG